AUGAACUCCUCUAAUCUGAUUCGUCUCUAUCACGCUCCGGAAAAACUGGAGCAGCGAGCAAAACCCAGACGUCGGAAGCACGCGUCUCCUCAGGACAGCAAUCCUUCACCACAGCAUCACACUGCACCUUCAUCUGUUGGCAGUGGCAAUACCAGUCUGCAACCACAUUCAUACAUACAGUCCCCUUUGUCUUGCACAACCGCUUCUGUCACACCAACUGUGUCUAUUAUCCCUCCUGGUCAACAUCCGACCGCUUCCCUUAUUUCGGUCGGUGCUUCAGGUGCCUUAGGUCUCCCACCACCACCAUCAACCACGCACACUGCCCGAUCAGCAUCCGUAAACUACACAAAUUUCACAUCGCAUCCUGAUCUGUCUUCCGUCCCCGGAUUAAUGCCACAUCCCGCUAGUGGGUGUACAGACUCUCCUUAUGGGGUCUCACCGACGGCUCACUGUAUAACAACAAUGCGCGAUCGAUCGGAUCAGCUGAGUGUAUCGCGCGCACAACCAUCGCAUCAGCAACCACAACAGUCCUUCAAUUCCUCCGAUCAGCUGAUCAAACCAGACAUGGGUCGUUCGGGAUCUCACAUCAGUCGUCCCUUGACACGCAUGAUCCCGUGCCAACGAACCAUGGGUCGUACUCUAUGUCGGCAUCCGCGGUGCCGACGCUUACUGCGACCAGGAAACCGGCGUCACCGGAAACGACCCCGCAAUCGUGGCCUAUUUCAAACCUCUCACAUAUCCCCUGGUAUGCGUGACGCCUCACGGUGUUCGGACGUAGACACACGCAUGCUCACCUGUUUACGUGAUUGCGUACAACGUAUCCGUGAGCCGUUCACACCGGAAGAACAACUGGAGACUGGGGUAGCGGUCACACUGGAGCAAGAGUAUAAUCGAAUGGAUGCUUGUAUUCGCCGGAUCAUUCGCGUGGUUAAAUUGCUCCCCUACUUCAGUGAUAUUGGAAAACCUGCUCAGUUGAGCCUACUCCGAACCAACAUUUACGGAUUGAUCGUGUUGUAUUCGUCCUUUUUCUUCGAACGAGGCAUCCGUAAACUGCGCUACCCGGUCCUUCAAUCCGACGGUCAGUUGACCACAGUUACCGUGUCCAUGUUGGACGAGGUUGUCACACCUAGCGCCAACGGUGGAUUGCCUGCUUCCUCAAUGGAUGACGAUGAGGAAGAUGAUCAUCUCAGGAAAUCCGCCGCGUCUCACUCCGCUGCACCCACCAGCUGUCCUGGACUAUCCCCAUGCCGUGCCGAACACAGAUACACUUCAGGUCUACGGGAAGAAUUUGAGUUGUAUAAAGCCAAUACUCUGGCUGCGUUUGAUCAUUUAGAUCAGUUGAUUGGCUCGGAUGAUAUUGUCCGUGUGUCCGUUCUGGCUAUCAAACUGUUCACGGACGAAUCUCUUCCAGACAGUCUUCGAUCUGCCGUGUGUGCUGCCCGUCAAGCCUAUUUGCUAUUUUUGUGGGCAUAUCUCCGUUCUCGCGGUGGUCCGAAACGUUUACGCUCGACCACGGAGCUCUAUGCGCGAUUACUGAUCGCCUUUGUGGAUCUGCGCACACUGGAGAUACGAAUGACAGAAUUUGCGAAGCUGCUCAGUCUGGAUGGGCUCAGUCCUUUGAUGCGUGAGGUGUGCAGUCAACGUUCCACACUGGCUCCGGCUAGGGUUUGA